UAUAAAUUCAGUAGCUUCAGUGAAUUAUCAUUAGAUUAGUUCUACACUGGUUAAACGGUGCCAAAAUGUUUCAAUCAAAAGUGAUUAUUCUUAGUAGUGCCAUUUUAGUUUUAUGCAACGCAGUAGCAAUUUUUGAAAAAUUUAAUAAAAAAUGUGACUUCACGGACGAUGAGUGUUUGAAAAGCUUGUAUUUUGGUAUAAUAGAAGAAGCAACAGAUAAUGGCAUUCCAGAACUAGGUGUGCCAAAACUAGACCCUUAUGUGUUGAAAAAUGAACGGGUAUCUGUUCUUGGUAUGAUAAACAUUACUAUAAUCGAUGGAACUGUCAAUGGAUUUAAAAAAUGUGCUCUAAAUAAAUUUCACAAUGACAUAGAAUCUCUGCAUAUCCAAGCUAGUCUUACUUGUGAAAACUUCAUCGUGGAAGGAAAGUAUAAGAUUGAAGUCACACCAGUACUCAAAGCUCUUAUUGGAACUCUUGAUAUCCAUGGAGAAGGACAAGGAAAAGUUGCAAUUGAUAAAGUCAAACUGGACGUUGAUGUUGCCUACGAGGUAAUAAAAAAUGAUAAUGGUGACAUUCGUUUUAAGUUGAAACCAGAAGAUAACACGUAUACCUUUGAAUUUUUGGAAAAAGUAACGUUUGCAGCUGACAACGUAUUCAUUGGAUCGCAAGAUAUUAGUACCGUGACGACUAAUAUCUUAAACGAAAACUGGGAAUUCAUCGCAAAGAAUCUAGGAAAACCCGUCGUCGAUUUGGCUAUGACACUAUUCACUAGUAACGGUCAAAAGGUUCUUGAUGUACUACCAAUCAAGGACUUGUAUAAUACUGAUUUGUCUCCUUACAUUAAGAGCUAAUACCAGAAAUAGAAAAUCUAAUAUAUUGGUUUAUUUUAUGAUUUAAACAUAAAACUUGGUUAUGUUCAAUAUAUUCUUUCUCAAUUUAAAUUUGCGGCCAAAACGUCUAUUUUUAAAUAAUUUAGAACCAAAACGUACCAAAGUGUGAAUAAAAUAAUUAAAUGUAAAUGCAAAGCUUCGUGUUUGUUUUAUCGAAGAUCUAAAAGGUUGAAAUUGCAUUGAACAUAAAUUGUACAAUGGUGUUGAAUUAUAAAAUAUGCUAUUAUUAUAAAAUACACUAUAAUUUAGUUUUAAAUUGUGUGAGUUUAUAAUAUUUUACAAUAUGAAAUAAAAUGUUAUAAAUUAA